AUGUCGAUAUCGGAACCACAACCUUCAUCGUCUGCUUCUUCAUCGAUUGUUCAACAACAACAAACAAUUAGAACGGUAGAAAAUGAGCGAAUCACGUUACCUUCACAAAAUACAAAAGAAAACGAUGAUGCCUUAAGUGAUAGCAGUAAUGAUGUGGAAAAUUUGGCUAUGCGAACACUUGAAAAUUUAGAUGAGAAGGUAUAA